CAAUGUAGCAAUCUCUAAUCAUUCAUUAAUCAUUUGUCCGUGGCGAUGAAGCACAACUCCGGAGCUGCGGCGAAGCGCGGAACGAGGCAGAAGCUGCUAUGGUCGAUGGUGGCAGCGCUGGCAGUGUCGAGUCUCGUUCUGUUGACUUAUUCCCACCUGGUUUACCUGCCUGCGCUGACUGGGGGGAGAGGAUACCGCCAGUUCUUCCGGUCACGUCGUCGACGUUCUGAUAGAAUGGGCAUGAGCCAACGAGAGUUCUACAAGAAACACACCGAGAGUUUCAAUGAAGACCAGAAGAUGGUGGUGAACAUGACGCGUCAUGCGUGGCAUGGAUACCGCAAGUUUGCAGGCUGGAGCGACUAUCUCAGUAUGCCGACACUUGUAGGAAAAACUGUGUAUGGCCACGACAUGGCUCUUACGACUGUGGACUCACUCGAUACGCUCUUCAUUAUGGGGUUGCACGAGGAGUUUGACGAGGCCAGUGCGUGGAUCAAGGCGAAUCUAAGCGACAUCAUGUUCCAAGACAGCAUUGUGAGUUUCUUUGAGAUCACCAUUCGAUCUCUCGGAGGGUUGCUGUCUGCGUACUACCUCUCAGAAGAAAAGCACUUUUUGAGUCUCGCUGAUAAGCUGGGACGAGCUCUCCAGAUGGGGUUUACCUGUAGAGCUUCUGUUCCGUGCCACACUGUUGAUCUCCAGGGGUAUACAAGCUACGGAGAGCCGCAUUUGUCAGAGGCUGGGACCUUCCAACUGGAAUUCGAGUACCUCGCACAUGCUACACAAAAUGACUCGUUCCUGCUCCAGGUGAAGCACGUCAACAACAUUAUGGCCAAGUUAGUCGAGACGAACUACUCGAACGGGUUGAUCCCUGUGAGGAUGGACUGGAAGUUUUUAGAACCGCAGCAAGGCGCCGUCAUAUCCUUGGGUGCUCUAGGCGACAGCCAUUACGAAUAUCUUUUGAAGCAAUGGUUGCUCACCGGGAAGCAGGACAGCAAGCUUAGAGAAAUGUACGUCAGAUCUGUGGAAGGGAUCAAAGCUGAGCUAGUGGGGCGCUCUUAUCCGUCCAACUACGCGUUUGUCGGCAAACUACUUGAGACUGGAGAACUCGAGCCUGCCAUGGAGCAUUUGACCUGCUUUGUACCGGGAAUGCUGGCGCUAGGAUACUAUCACGGUAUGCCAACCUCACAUCUCGAGCUAGCCAAGGAGCUCACAGAAACGUGCGUUCAGAUGUAUCUCCAAUCGGCGUCACAACUGGCACCUGAAAUGACUCUGUUCGCUGCCCAAGUGAAUCCAGAUGACAUCCAAGGAACGCAACCGGAACUGAUUGCUUUCCCGCAGCAAGAUUACAAUAUCUUGCGACCCGAGACUGUGGAGAGUCUGAUGAUCCUUUAUCGAGUCACAGGCGACGAAAUCUAUCGGGAGCACGGCCGUACCAUCAUGAAAGCCUUUGAAAAGCAGAGCAAGGUGCGUGGUCCGAAAUGUCUAGAUUCUAGAGUUUUCACCGGAUUCAGAUCGACCCCGUAACAUUUUUUUUCUGCCGCAGGUUGAAGCAGGUGGCUACCGCAGUACUUCAAAUGUUUGGUACGGCGAGCUGACAACGAUGGCAGGACCGAUGGAAAGCUUCUUCAUCGCGGAGACGCUCAAGUAUCUUUUCCUGCUCUUCUCGGACGAUGACAUUCUGGCGCUUGAUGAGAUCGUGUUUAACACUGAGGCGCACCCAUUUCCGAUGUGGCGAUAAGAGAGAAAAACUCAGCCCCCUGAAUUGUGUAGCCAUCGCGUGGGAGAAGAGAACUGGUUGUUCAAGUAGAGAACGUUUUGGCGCAUUUCUUCUACCACUCAUGGUGAUGUCUGACUGUAUUAAUCUAUGCGUCCAAAUAAGAUACAACUGUAGGAACAGUACUGACAAACAAUUCUACAUAGAUCAACAACCAUAGGAUAUUCGUUUACAGAGUGCAGUCCCUUUUUGCGCA